AUGCACCUCGCUGCGCUUCUCGUCGCCAUCCUCCCGGCCGUGGUCCUGGCCCGUCCGUACCUCCCCUUGAUCUUCCCACUCUGCCUCCGAACACCCCGGCCCCCUGAGGUUCCCGUCAUUCCGCGUGACGCAUUCGAGGCUGCCGCUCUCGAGCUGGUCGAGGCCGGCCAAAUACGCAUGGGGCAUCCUGCAGCUCGGUUCCAGGCCAGUACAGGGACUUUACAGUCAUUCGUGGCGUACAAUGUGGUUAUCAUGAUGAGGAGAUGCAUGUACAAUAAGGGGGGGCAUCGCAAGGAGUAA